UGUCAUGUUUCCGAUCCUGGCCCUUUUGGUUCUGGAAAAAACAUAACAAAUCCUUGUGCCCAAAAGGGAACCCAACGCACGUGACCACAGCGAAAAACUGGAACCGGCGUGGAACCCAGAAUCCGUCACGUUCAACUCAUCGAGCGUUAUCAGAGGAACUAGUAGGGGCCAGUCAUUUAUCAAUUAAACCGUCAAUCAGCAGUUAAUCCAUUCUCUAAUAUGCCGCGCAGAGUAGUCAGCGAUGAUAGCCAUGAUGAGAGCCAGCCGCGCCGUGGCCGGGCGAAAUCCCAGGCCGACUCUGACGACUCUGAAACCCCGAGACGCAAGAGAACCCGCGUCAACUACAGCGAAAACUUCAAAGACAGCGAUGAGGAUAUCAAUGAGGAAGAUGAAGCCGCAGAGGAACCGGCAUUCGGUGAGGAACCCACGGCGGCAGCUACGGAGAGGACCCCUGCCAGAUCCCGUUCUCGCCGCAAGCUCGAAUCCGAAGACGACUACAGCGCCGCCUCAGCCUCAGCCUCUGAGAUCUCCCAGGAGAGCGAAUACGAAUACGACAGCGACAAGGAGCGUGAGCGCCAGAAGCGACUCGCGGACCGCGCGUUCGUGACCAGGGAUGGCGACGAUGACGACGACUACGACUACACCGGGGCAAAGAAGUCACGCCGCAGCCGGAAGAAGCGCUUGCCGCGUGUCCGGACGACGCGCCGGGCGACACGAAUCUCGGAUGACUCCGAUAUCGACGACGACACGCUCCAGGAUGAGCUUCAGGAGUUGAAGAGUACACCGCCGCCGCUGCCGACAGCGGCAUCGCCGCAACGGGCGCUCCGCGAGCGUCGUCAGCGCAUUAACUACGAGCUCCCGCCACCAAUCACAUCAGAGGCACAGCUCGCGUCCCUUGGUGACUCGCCAGGUCCCACCCCUCGCCUCGUUUCGACAACAUCUCGCCGUAAGCCCGCGCCGCACCGCAAGCUUCUCUUUGCGACCAGUGGUCCCUUUGGCGGUAGCGAUGUGAUUCCUCUUUUCGGUAAGAACUCGCUUGCGGUGGGCAACCUUCAUGAUUCCGAUUCCUCCGAUGAUGAGAUCAAGCCGGUGGACGCCAACCUCUCCACAAACAACAACCUCACGCUCCAGACAAAGUCCCAGGCGGAAACCGCCGCUGCAGCGGCGAAAAAUAAGAACCUCAGCGAUACGGACCCCCUUGGCAUCGACAUGGAUAUCGAUUUCACCGCUGUUGGUGGCCUCGACGACUAUAUCAGCCAACUCAAAGAAAUGGUUCUAUUACCGCUUUUGUACCCCGAAGUAUACCAGCGCUUUGGAAUCACUCCACCGCGGGGCGUGCUCUUCCACGGACCUCCCGGAACCGGAAAAACGCUCAUGGCACGGGCUCUAGCGGCCUCCUGUUCUACCGGCCAGCAGAAGAUUACAUUCUUCAUGCGGAAAGGUGCAGACUGCUUGUCCAAAUGGGUAGGUGAAGCGGAACGACAGUUACGAUUACUCUUUGAAGAGGCGAAGAAGCAGCAGCCGGCGAUUAUUUUCUUCGAUGAAAUCGAUGGCUUGGCUCCCGUCAGAUCGUCCAAGCAGGAACAGAUCCACGCUUCGAUAGUGUCGACGUUGUUGGCGUUGAUGGAUGGAAUGGACAAUAGGGGCCAAGUGAUUGUCAUUGGUGCGACGAACCGCCCCGACGCGGUAGAUUCCGCGUUGCGGCGUCCAGGGCGAUUCGAUCGCGAGUUCUUCUUUCCACUCCCGGAUGUGCACGCGCGGGCGAAGAUUCUCACGAUCCAGACGAAAAAGUGGCAGCCGCAGCUAGACGACGCGUUUGUAGCGCGCCUCGCCGCUCUCACCAAAGGCUACGGUGGUGCAGACCUCCGCGCGCUCUGCACCGAGGCCGCCCUCAACAGUAUCCAGAGAAAAUACCCGCAAAUAUACGCCUCUUCGGAUAAGCUCAAGAUCAAGCCGGAAAAGAUCUCUGUCAUCGCCAAGGACUUUUUCAAGGCGUUGGAAAAGAUUGUGCCGUCGUCUGCACGCUCCGCCGCAAGCGGCCUGGCGCCGGUGCCAGACCACUUGGAGCCGCUUCUCGCACGGCCCUUGCGCGAGAUUGCCGCGCGCGUCGAGGUGCUUUUGCCGCAAACAAAGAAGAUGUCUGUGCUCGAGGAGGCGAUGUAUAUCGACCCGAUCAGCCACGAGCAGGAUGGCGGCUUCGCGAAGCAGCAGAUUCUUGCAAAGUUGGAAAGCUCGCGAAUCUGUCGCCCAAGAUUACUCGUCGCGGGCGAGCCUGGCAGCGGUCAACAGUACCUCGGGGCGGCAAUCCUUAACCACCUUGAGGGGUUUCACGUUCAGUCACUAGACUUGGGAAGUUUGUUCAGUGACAGCACCAGGUCACUCGAAAAGACGGUGAUCGACGUGUUCAUAGAGGCGAGAAGACACCAGCCAUCGGUGCUUUUCAUUCCGAACCUCGAUAUCUGGACGAGCAUUGUCCCCCCAGCGGCGAUUGCCACGCUCAUGGGCUUGCUCAGAUCUUUGAAGGCGUUUGAAAAGGUGGUGUUGUUGGGGUUGUCGGAGUUGUCCGAGACAGACUUGGGGCCUGAGGUGAGAGAGUUGUUCGGAUACACAGCCGCCAACCAUUACAACUUGGGUACUCCCAGCGAAAGUGAGAGGGAGAAGUUUUUUGCAGCGUUGGUCAAGGUGGUGAAAAUGAAGCCUUAUGAGUUUAAUGACGUUGAGGCAAGGCCACGGCGAAAGCUCAAGACGCUUCGCGUCGUGCGUGUCGCCCCUGCUGCGGCUGCAGCGACGUCCAAGGCCGCGGCGAGAGAGCAGGCAAGAAAGGAUAUGAAACUCAAGAACACGUUAAAGAUCAAGCUCUCGGGCUUGAUGGAGCUCUUUAAGACUCGCUACAAGCGCUUUAAGAAGCCGUUUGUGGAUGACAGCUUGUUGCUCCACUUGUUCACCCCAGAGUUGCUCCAGCACCCAGGCUACGUCGUACACUACGAGCGCCGCGGUGAAACGGUGUACGAGCUUGCCACGGGGAAGACUUAUUACAACAUGGACUUGGAGAUUAUCGAGGAGCGCUUGUGGAACGGGUUUUAUUCCGAGCCGAAGCAGUUUUUGAAGGACGUUGAGUUGAUCUAUAGAGAUGCACAGGCGUCCGGCGACCGCGAAAGGAUUCUUCGGGCGAGUGAGAUGUUUGCGAACGCGCAGGUGGGGGUUGAGGAGAUUAGCGUACCGGAGUUGAUUGAGGAGUGUCGGGCGAUGAUGAACAGAGAAGCAGAAGCUGAGGCAAAGGCGGAAGCCGAGGCAAAGGCGCAAGCCGCAACCGAGAUAGAAGUCAGGGCGAAUGGCCAGGCAGAGAUUAGGAUGAAUGGCCAGGCAGAGGCUAACGGGUUGGAUGCGCAAGCACCAGUGGUGACGGGGCUGGACUUUGCCUCACCGAAUGGUACUGUUUUAGCUGAGGCGGAUGGGUCAGUAUCUGUGAUGUCAGGUGCUGAGACAAUUGUUCAAGAAGACGUGGAGAUGCAGGAGCCUGACGUUAUUUCCGAGCCUCUGGAAAAGCCUGUGACUGAGUCUGUGACUAUGUCUGUUACCGAGCCUGUGACUGAGCCUGCAGCAAAGCCUGUGACUGAGUCUGUAACUGAGUCUUCAGCAGAGCCUGCGACCGAGCCUGUGGCGGAGUCCGACUCUGACAGUUCCUCGGACGAAGAGUACUCCGUUCCCCAAGAGCUCGUGGAGCGCAACCUCCUGCUUGAUGAACAGGCAUUAGACCACCUCAAGGCCGCGCUUGUGGCUAAAACUGAGGGCUACACCAUAGAGAAGUUGGAGUAUCUCAACGCCAAACUCACUGACAUUGUCUGGCAGAACCGCCAGAGUUGGGAGAGAGACUCUGUGGUGAGUAAGAUGAGUGCAGAGUUGUAGAGCCAUUGUAAUAUACCACGAAAUAUUGAGUGAAA